AUAUUUUUUAAGCAAAGUAUAAGGGAGUUGUACUCCAGUCUAGUAGGUGGCAGUAAUGAAACAUUUAUUGGAUGCCAACCGCCAUUAAACGUCAAAGAAGAAGUAGCUACUCUCGCGAUGUCUCGUAUCAACGCGUUCAAUUUCCGUGACGUGCAUCAAAUUUUGUUGGUGCACAGCUGCCAGGCUUGGUUGAUUGGCAUCCUUCUCCACAACGUCAGCUAGAAACCAUAAAAAACAAAAUGACAAGGGGAAAUCAGCGUGACCUUGCUCGUGCUAAAAAUGCCAAAAAGCAAGGGAAUGACAAGGGAAAGAAGGCAGAUGAUGGCAUGUCUGCAGCUGCGAGGAAGCUUCGGGAUGCAGAGAUAAUGCAACAGAAGCAGAAAAAAGCCAGUGACCCUAAGCCGGGCGACGAGAAAGCCAAAUAGCAGCAGGAUACAGAGCCCAAACUACUAUACUCAGAAAUCAAGAUGUUACCUAAGUUUUCCCCCCCCCAUACUCUGGGGUACAAAACCAGUUUAAUCUUGUGGUGGAGGUUGUACUGUAUAGUUUGAGAAAUGAAUGGUUUUGAAUGACGAAUGCUUAAGCCUAUUUCAAAAAGGUCUAAUGUUAAAUCAGUAUUUACAAUGUAAAGAACAGGAAUUUCAAACUCCACAACAAUCCUGUAUUUUUGUAUUCCCUCCUAGAUUUUAAAUAACGCAACUAGUGGUUUUGUUUAUGAUUACUUUUUAUAUUAAGGAUGGGCAUAUACAGUGCUGAUGAAAUAAAUGAAAGGAUUCAAUCCUGUACAGAAACUUUAAUCAAUAAAAAUACAAUAAAGCACCAA